GAUUUCAAUGAUCUAAUCUCCAUCUAUCGAACUUUAUGGACGAUAAUAUUAGGAGUGCAUAAUUAUAUCCUAGUGCUUCUCUCCUCCGGCAAGAAGUUCCAACUUUCCCUCCAAAGACCAAACCAAAACUCUUCCCAUUACUCUGUUAGCUUUCUCAACGUAUAGCCGUCUCACUGAGAGAGAGUUCCACCUAUGUCGAGCCACAAAGACGACCUCGAUCUCCUUCUGUCCCUCAGAGAGAGAGUUUUGGAUACUCCUCCCGGUUCUCCUUCACCCCAUUCACCAGGAUAUCUCUCGGAGGAUAGAUCGCCGAGGCGUAGUGAGAAGAAGUCGGACAUGUCCGUCUUUAGAGACACCGUGCGAGACUUCCUUGACUACGAGUACAAGCCGGUUCAGAAAGCUGGUAAAUUGAAGGGCUCGAAGGCCUCCAACUAUACCGAGGUUGAAAAAUUUUCGGGCUUGCGAAUAAGGAACCGCUUGGUCAGUGCAGCAGAGCUCGGUGAGCUGUUUUCAGAUGUUUGCUUUGUUCAGUUAUCUACCAUGGCGAACUUGUGGGUAGGGGACACUCUGUCGGGUUGUUGGGCAACUGUUGGAGUAUUGACCGAGAAGGGGACUCCAAAGACCAGUUCUACAGGAAAGAACUAUUGUAUAUGGCAGGUGGGAUGUCUAGAUGAAAAUACCGUUCUUUUCUUGUUCGGUUAUGCUUAUCAGAAGAACUGGAAUGAGCCGGCUGGAACAGUCUUUGCAUUGUUCAAUUGUGCUGUACGCAAGGAUGCAGUGGGUACAGGGUUUUCUCUGAGUGUGUAUUCUCCUACUCAAAUUUUAAAGAUUGGAACUGCAGUUGAUUAUGGAGUUUGUAAGGGAAAAAGGAAGGACGGGAUGCCUUGUACAAUAGUCAUAAAUAAGCUCAGUGGAAUAUGUUGUAAAUAUCAUACAUUGAAAGCUUCAGAGAAAUGUGUCACAAAUCGAGCUGAGCUCAAGGGAGGGUGCCUUCAACUUGUUUGUUUCCUUAACAGGAACCUAGGAACUGCAUGUAGGGAUUCCCUCAGUCCGGAAGGGAUUUGCAUGGUUGAUUCUUUAGAAGACAGGAUGAAUUUCAAAAAGCCCAUGGAACCAUUAAAACUACUUUCUGUGGAAGGACUCAAAAAGACACUUAGUAAUGCAGGUAAAGUGAUGACAAGAACAUACUCACAAGGGAUAAGGUUCCUUACUGCAAUUACAGGGACAAUGAUUUCAACGAAUCCAGAUAAAGAAUCAACAGUUCCAAAACAACCUAUUAACAUGUCCGAGAAAAGGAAAUCAUCUACAAUGGAAGAAGAGUCAUCUGUAAUUGGAAAUCAGCAACCAGAUGCGAAGAGAAAGAAAGCUGAGCAGCGUGGACUAGGUGUGGUCGACAAAACAAGGCAAGAUAUAGGAAAAUUGAUUCAAUUAGAUAUUGUUAGUUCAGAUGAAGAAUUGUGACUGUCUUAUAUGUAGCUCCAACUCGUAGGAAGCUCUUUCUUCAUGAAAACAUGUCCUUACGAAGUAAUUUUAGCAAAUACUUAGCUUCAUAUUUUCAAGUAUUUAAAGAAUAUAUUCUUCAAAUUAAAAUAAUCAUUUUGAGUUGGGUUUAGAGCUUA